CCCAGCAACUAGAGACCAACACACACACACACAGAAACGAACACACACAAACACACAAACACACACCCACAGCUACGCAGGAUUACAGGACAACACAAAACAACACAGCCCUAAUCCUGACAGCAGGCACACACACACACACACACACACAGUGACCUCUCUCUGUCCCACACAUACACACACACACACACACACACACACACACACACACACACACACACUUCUGCAGACACCUCUCACUCACAUCACCACACACUACUCUUCACGUCUGCUGCUGUUAGACACUAUUUUGGACUCUUGGACCACAGAGAAGAGAAGAGAAGAAAGGAGAAGAGAGGAGAAGAGAAGAGAGGAGAAGAGAGGAGAAGAGGUAACCCCACAGAGGGAACCCCAGAAAACCUCCUACACCUUUUCUCUGGACAGUCACUGGGUCACCUCCUGAUUCACAGGUGUGUGUGCGCACAUGCGUGUGUGAGUGUGUGUGUGUGUGCGCGUGUUUUGGUCCAUUUAUCCCACUGGAGAGGACAACAGAAGAAAGUGAAUAAAGAAGAGCCCUGGACACAGAGCUGGACUGUCCGUAGGAUUAACCUCCCUGGUGAGAGACGUCCAGAGAGGAGGGCGAGAGGGGGACACUGCGGAGAGCUUCCCCAGGCUGGGAUGGCUUUCUCUGGGUAGACUGCUCACUCCACUGCCCUGGGACAGAGAAGGGGUCUGGCCCCAGAGCCACAGAGGAGCCACAGCAAUCAGACAAGAACCAGAGAGAGAGAGAGAGAGAGAAAGAGAGAAAGAGAGAGCUGAGCUUUAUCAGCAGGUGGACAGGUGUUUGUGAGAGUGCGACGGUGAGACAGCGUGAGUGACCAUGGCUUUCCCCGCCGCGGCGAUGCUACUACUGCUGCUGUGCAGCUGGCCAGCUCAGGGGUCGGAGGUCAACAAAGAGUCAGAGGUCAACCAGGGGGCGCAGGAGUUCGACAGCAGCGAGGGGCCGGAGGCCGAGUUCCUGUCGGCCGGCCGCGUUCGCCGCGCGCCCCCGGACCCUUCCGCCGCCGCCGCCGCGUCCGAGAAGUGCUCGUACACGUUCAUCGUGCCGCAGCGCAAAGUGACCGGCGCCAUCUGCGUCAACUCGCGCGAGUCGGACACUUCGCCGGGCGCGGUCGGCGCCCGCGUGCACAAGCAGGAGCUGGAGACGCUCGGCGGCGAGCUGCACAAGCAGAAGCGGCAGAUCGAGACGCUGCAGCAGCUGGUGGAGGUGGACGGCGGCGUGGUCAACGAGGUCAAGCUGCUGCGCAAGGAGAGCCGCAACAUGAACUCGCGCGUCACGCAGCUCUACAUGCAGCUGCUGCACGAGAUCAUCCGCAAGCGGGACAACGCGCUGGAGCUGGCCCAGCUGGAGAACCGCAUCCUCAACCAGACCUCGGAGAUGCUGCAGCUGGGCACGCGCUACAGGGACCUGGAGCACAAGUACCAGCACCUGGCCGCGCUGGCCAACAACCAGUCGGCGCUCAUCGCCCGGCUGGAGGAGCAGUGCCAGCCGCACCAGCGCGGGCGGAGUUCGCCGGCGGCGGUGCCCGCCGCUCGCCCGGUGCCCCGAGCGCAGCCCCAGCCCCCGCCGCAGCAGCCCCCCCCGCAGCAGCCCGCCUCGCCCCCGGUCAGCAGGCCCUACCAGCCGCCCACGUACGGCCGCAACAACCAGAUCACCAACGAGAUCCAGAGCGACCAGAACUCCAAGGUGCCGCCGCCGCUACCCACCAUGCCCAGCGGCACGCACAGCCCGUCCACCACCGACAAGCCCUCAGGUCCGUUUAAGGACUGCUUGGCGGCGCUGGACGAGGGCCACAGCAGCACAGGUAUGUACCUGGUGAAGCCGGAGGGCUCCAACAAGCUGAUGCAGGUGUGGUGCGACCAGCGGCAGGACCCGGGCGGCUGGACCGUCGUCCAGAGGAGGCUGGACGGCUCCGUCAACUUCUUCAGGAACUGGGAGACGUACAAGCAAGGCUUUGGCAACAUAGACGGCGAGUACUGGCUGGGUCUGGAGAACAUCUACUGGCUGACGAGCCAGGGCAACUACAAGCUGCUGGUGACGCUGGAGGACUGGGCGGGCAGGAAGACCUUCGCCGAGUACGCCAGCUUCCGCCUGGAGCCCGAGGCCGACUUCUACCGCCUGCGCGUGGGCCGCUACCACGGCAACGCCGGCGACUCGCUCACCUGGCACAACGGCAAGCAGUUCACCACGCUCGACCGCGACCACGACGUCUACACAGGUAACUGUGCCCACUACCAGAAGGGUGGCUGGUGGUAUAACUCCUGUGCCCACUCCAACCUGAACGGCGUGUGGUACCGAGGCGGGCACUACCGCAGCCGCUACCAGGAUGGCGUGUACUGGGCAGAGUUCCGCGGCGGCGCCUACUCCCUGAAGAAGGUGGUGAUGAUGAUCAGGCCCAACCCCAACACCUUCCACUAGGGCUACGGUGGCCCUACUGGGACACACUGCAGGGUCCCGGCUGCCUUUAUUGGACACAUUUCCCCCCACUCUCCCCUACCUUGCUCCCGCGGGCAAAACUCUGACGUCCAAAGGAGAAGCUUACUCACAUCUUACGCUUUUAGUCUCGAUGUGAAGUUGCUGUGGACAUUCUCCUGUUACUCCUGAGAGCGUGGGUGAGAAGCAGAGAGGCUGACGGCAGUGGCCACACACACACACACACACACACACACACACACACACACACAUACACACACACACAUAGACUGGUGCACGGCCCCGCCACUACUCUCCCGAGCUCUGCCUCGCGUACCUUCACGGACGGCAGCUAGAGACGGACUUCUGCUCCGACGCCACGGCUUCAUCUGAAUGUACUGCUUAAUCCCGGAGCUUCCUCCAGCGCUUCUCUUCUCUUCCACAGUAAUCAUCACAUGGAUAUAAUAUUCCACUUACUAGCUAUAGCAUUUAUUGUUCUGACAGUACCCGAGACACAGGGGAUUGGUCCUUCGAGACGGGAACGGUGGAUCGGCGUUGGAGGAGCACUGCAUCAUAUAGUGUUUAGAUAUCGAAAUGCUUCCUAAAACUGCACAUAAGACACAGGACAUUGUAUCCGGUGAAACAUAAUAGCCUUUCAUAGCUUCUGAGCUGUCAUACUAUAUCUGUUUAUUCUUACCACAGAAAACAAGUUCAUUAUUUAUUUCAGGGAUCACUAACAAACCGUGCACUUUCGUAAAAGGUAAAACUUCUGCUUUAGAACACACCUGCACAUAGGCCUGAAAUAAUUCUGAAAUGUCAUUGCAUAAUAUUAUCUGUCUUACAUGACCAGAAUACCAUCGUUUUUCAUCAAACACAGGAAUAUAAACUGGUUUGAAAUAGGACUGUUCCCAGUUUACAGAAAGGGAACAUGUUGUGUAAGGACCGAGAUCCUUCGGCAUAUAAAGGGAAUGAUUGGUGCUAGCCUGAGCUAGGCUCCUUGUAUAGAAGAUGGGAGUGUUGUACGCCCUGAUUUUAAGAUGGCAAUGUAUGUCAGCGCUGUGUGUGCCAAUCUGUCCGUAUGGGCACAGAGUAUUUUAGGACAAACACAGCAACCUUAGGACCUGACGACACACUUAGAUUAUAGAGAGAACACAAUAGAAUAGCAGUGGAACAGUCUCAGUGGGUGGAACAGAUCGGUUCACUUCUGAACGUUGUUCUAGCAUGAUGUUGUUGACCCAUACAGUUGACCUGUGAGGUCUCCAAUGCCUUUGGCCUCCUGUAAGUGACCUUGGCAGUAGAGGCCCAGCACCUACGUCCACUCCACAGCGAUGGACUCCAUAUGACUGCGCACUGUGCGUCUCUACGUUGCCAUCACACGAAGCACCAAUAAUGUGUUUCUGUCUGUACAUAGGAAAUUGAUAUUGUUGAAGAUAUUUGUAAAGUACUGUUAUAAUCAUGCCCUGUCAUACAUGGAGGCAAUAAAAAUGUACAGCUUU